GUGAAGCAGAGACGAGGCUUGCGUUCGCCAAACACUUUGAGGACGAGACAGCCUGCUACGGUCCCGUCUGCAUUGUGAACCUAGUCGAGCAGGCGGGCAAGGAGCGAGUCAUAUGGGACGCAUACACUCAGCAUGUGUUACACCUCAACAGUCCACAGCUGCUCUAUGCCACAUUCGACUUCCACGAGUACUGUCGCGGUAUGCACUUUGAGAACGUGUCAGUGCUGGUGAGUGAGCUGAGUCAGGUGCUGCACGACUUUGGCUUUUGCUGGCUCGACCGCCAGGGCAUCAUCUGUCGGCAAACAGGUGUCUUCCGCACCAACUGCAUCGACUGUCUUGACCGCACCAACGUUGUACAGACGGCGCUGGCGAAAGCGAUGCUGCAGAUGCAGCUGACGAAGCUUGGACUUGUGCCUCCUGAAGGCAGUCUCCCCGCCCCGCUACGUCGUGCCUUCCAGCUGCUCUGGGCCAACAACGGGGAUAUCAUCAGCAAACAGUAUGCGGGCACUAAUGCACUUAAGGGUGACUACACAAGAACAGGCGAAAGAAAACUAUCUGGGAUGAUGAAAGGACGGAAUGAACUCAGCUAAUCGAUACUAUUGAGUCGUUUCAAGGAUGUCUACCGACAGGCAACGAUCGAUAUAAUGCAAGGUGGAGGUGUGAGCGAGGAGUUGGCAUCACUGUCUCUUGAUGACAGACAGAGACAGGAACAGGAGGAAGACAGUGUGGC